AUGUCUGUGAUUCUCUGCACAGCUGGUUACGACCACACAAUCAGGUUCUGGGAGGCCCUCUCCGGCAUCUGCUCCCGCACGAUCCAGCACCCUGACUCCCAGGUCAAUCGCCUCUGCAUCUCCCCCGACAAGCGCUUCCUCGCGGCCGCCGGCCACCACACCGUCAAGCUCUACGACAUCAAGUCCACCAACCCGAACCCGCUGCUGACCUUUGAGGGCCACACGGGCAACAUCACCGGCGUCGCCUUCCACUGCGAGGGCAAGUGGAUGGUCACCUCCUCCGAGGACGGCACCGUUAAGAUCUGGGAGACGCGCAGCGGCCAGGUCCAGCGCAGCUACAACCACGGCUGCCCUGCCAACGACGUCGUCAUCCACCCCAACCAGGGCGAGAUCAUCAGCUGCGACCGCAUGGGCAGUGUUCGCGUCUGGGAUCUCGCUGAGAACAACUGCUCUCACCAGCUCAUCCCGGAGGAGGACGUCUCCGUCUCGAGCGUCACCGUCGCCAGUGAUGGUUCUCUGCUCUGCGCGGCCAACAAUGGCGGAAACGUCUUUGUCUGGCAGCUCCUCCAGACCUACGACCGCACGCAGCUCCUACCCGUGACGCACUUCAACGCGCACAAGGAGUAUAUUACUCGUAUCCUCCUGUCGCCCGACGUGAAGAAGCUCGCGACCUGCAGCGCCGACCACACCGCGCGCAUCUGGGAGGUGAAGGAUCUCGAGCCUGCCCAUAACGAGGAGCCCAAGCCCUUCCCCCUCGAGGCCACCCUGACGGGUCACCAGCGGUGGGUCUGGGACUGCGCCUUCAGCGCCGACUCGGCUUACCUCGUCACGGCCUGCUCCGACCACUACGCCCGACUCUGGGAGCUGCACAGCCAGCAGAUCAUCCGCCAGUACAACGGCCAUCACAGAGGAGCCGUCUGCGUCGCCCUCAACGAUUACUCAGAGUCAGCUAGAUAA